GGUCCCCUCUUCCUCCUCCUCCUCCUCCUUCCUGUCCUGCACUCUUCCUUCCUCGGGUGAGAAACUGUCCUUUGUAUGUUUCUCCAUCCUGGGAGCCUCGGAGGGGCUGUGAGGUCCCUAGGAGUGGCCAUGCAGCGGCGGAAAGGGAAAGCUCAGGUGGUUCGGCCGGGAACAAAAAUGGCAGAAAGUGAUCUGUUGGGAUCAGGGCCAAGAAAGAAGCAAACCGAAAGAGACUGUUCUGUACUCCAGGGAGAGGCUGUUAAGGAGAAGACACAUGGGACACUUCCACCUCAAAACAAGCAGGAAAUAGGAGAGGGGCCACCGUCACAACAGGAAAUACGCCGGCAGGAGAAGGACCGAAACCCAGCCCUGUCUCCGUACUCUGUGUGGAGACCAUCAAGGUUAUUUGAACCUCUGUCAAAGGAGGACAUGAAGGAGUUUAAGGCUUCUUAUCGAGCCAUGAAAGACACCACCCAGUUGCCCCAAGGAGGCUAUGGAAGGUCAACAGGCACCUCACUGGACCUCAGCGGGAAAAUGCAAGCGCCUUACGAACGUUCGGAAAGUUCUAGAAAGUUGAAGGAACAGAUCCUGGCUGAGCAGGAUGCAGAGUCCUUGGAGAUCAAGCGCCAGCACUUCCGGCACUUCUGCUACCAGGAGAUUGAGGGGCCCCGAGCGGUUCUGAGCGAGCUCCAGGAGCUUUGCCACCAGUGGCUGGUUCCAGAGAGACACACCAAAGAGCAGAUUGUGGACCUGGUGAUCCUGGAGCAGUUUCUGACCAUCCUGCCUCUGGAGAUGCAGAUCUGGGUCUGCAAAAGCGGUCCGGCCACCUGCGCCCAGGCCCUGGCCUUGGCCGAGAGCUUCCUCCUGAGGCUGCAGGAGUCCGAGAACUGUGAACAAAAGGGAUCGGGAUUACUGGAGGAGACAUACACUCAUUCCCCACCCUCAGAACAGGAUCCUUCAGAUACCAUCGAGAGCUGCAUCUCCACGGAGGCCGAAGAGGGGGAGGAGGAAGCUGCCUUGCUAGAACACAACAAGCAAGUACAAGACAAAGCGGAAAAGGCCGCGUUUCUGCUGGGAAUAUCUGAGCCCAUGGAGUGGGGGUUGCCUCCCGAAAGAACCAGACUUUUCCAGGGUCCUGAGGGGGAAGGCGUGUUUGGGAACCUCCAGCAAAACUAUCCCGGAAAAGGCGGGAAACAGGCCCCCUGCCUGGUCGAAGGUGGGAACAGUGUGCAUCGAAGAAGCUUCCCAGAAGGAGGCUUUGGGCAGAAGAAAAAAGCCAAGGCCAGCGCGGAGAAUGGUCUCCCUCAGAGCUUUGGCUUCCUUAAGAGUCGGAAAGUGCAAACCGUGGACAAGCCAUCGCGUUGCGCGGCGUGCGGGGAACGCUUCCACAAGAGACCCUGCAGAGAGCAGCCAGGAAAAUUACCUCAGCGCGGCGAUGAGUUGCCCAAGUGCCUCGCCGCCGUGAGACGGGACGAAGGCGCCCCCGAAAGCCAAGCGGUCACCUGCAGAUGUAAAGCGAAAAAGGGUGGCGAGCAAGGCGGACAUUUCCUUCCUUUGAGCACCGACGGCUGGAAGACGCCCAAAGGAGAGAAACUGUCCAAAGGAGAAGCGUGUGGGGAACGGGUGUCGUGGGGCGCGGCCUUUCCGGCUCACGACAAAGCCGACCACGGAGGGAAACCUCACCAGUGCUUCGAGUGCGGCAAGCGAUUCAGCCAGAAAGGGAACCUCAAUAUACACAAGAAAACCCAUACUGGGGAGAAACCUUAUCCGUGCUCCGAGUGCGGGAAAUGCUUUGUGACUAAUUCGCGGCUGCUCACCCACAAACGGGUGCACACUGGGGAGAAGCCGUACAACUGUUCGUACUGCGGCAAUAACUUCAGCCAGCUGGCGCACUUGGUUCAGCACCAGAGGAGGCACACGGGGGAAAAACCCUACAGUUGCCCCUACUGCGGGAAAAGCUUCAGCGUCAAAGCCAACCUCAUCACGCACCAGCGUACGCACACUGGGGAGAAGCCCUACGAAUGCUCCGAGUGUCCCAAAAGCUUCGUUUCUAGCUCUGACCUUAAAAAACAUAAAAGGGUACACAUGGGGCAGCUCCAAAUGAAGGAGAAACUUCAUAAAUAUACACGCUGUGGGAAGAUCUCAAGCUGCAGAAUGUCUCUUAUUCCACACGAAAGGAGCCACGCGGGAGGGAAAGCUUACAUCUGUUCCGAGUGUGGGAAGAGUUUUGGCUGGAGGACAAAUCUCGUGAAGCACAAGAGAAUCCACACUGGGGAAAAACCCUAUAAAUGCUCGAGCUGUGGUAAAAACUUCAAUGCCAAGUCCACCCUCAUUAAACAUGAGAGGUCCCACACAGGAGAGAAGCCAUUUGAAUGCACCGUAUGUGGGAAGGCCUUUGGCGAGAAAGGGAUCCUGGUGAAGCACCUGAGGAUUCAUACAGGAGAAAAGCCCCAUAAAUGCUCCGUCUGUGGCAAAAGCUUCAUUGAGAGGGGUGCACUGAUUAAACACGAGAGAACCCACACGGGAGAAAAGCCGUACGAAUGCUCCGAUUGCGGGAAGACCUUCAGGAUCAGCUGCCAUCUCAAACUCCACAAAAGGACGCACACAGGUGAAAAGCCCCAUCGAUGUUUGGAUUGUGGCAGAAGCUUUAGUGAGAGGGCCUCUCUCGUGAAACACGAGAGAACCCACACAGGGGAGAAACCUUACGAAUGCUCUGAGUGUGGAAAAAGCUUCCGGAUCAGCUUUCAACUAGUCAUUCACAAAAGGACUCACACAGGUGAGAAGCCACACGAAUGCUCUGACUGUGGGAACAGCUUCAGGGAAAUUGCUUCCCUGAUCAAACACAAGAGAACCCACACGGGGGAGAAGCCUUACGAGUGCUCGGAGUGCGGGAAAAGCUUCAGGACCAGCUUUCAGCUGAAAACGCACAGAAGGACCCACACGGGAGAGAAACCCUAUCAGUGUUUGGACUGUGGGCAAAACUUCAGCCAGAGAUCUCGCCUCGUGAUCCACGAGAGGACCCACACCGGGGAGAGGCCGUACAGUUGCUCGGAGUGUGGGAAAAGUUUCGUCUCUAGCUCUCACCUGAGGAAACACUCGGUGGUACACACGGGGGAGAAGCCUCACAGAUGCUCGUACUGUGAGAAAAGCUUCAGUAAAAAAUCCAACCUCGUCGUACAUGAGAGAAUUCACACUGGAGAGAAACCGUACGAAUGUUCUGUGUGCAAGAAAAGAUUCUGUAGUUCUUCUGUUUUUCAUAGACAUAUGAAAAUCCACCCAGGAGAGCAAUCCUAGCGGUUUCCACCUCCGUGGAAAGUGUCGGGCAAGAGGCCCCGGCAAUACAUAUAUAUUGGCCCUCAAAAUAUCGUUAAACAUGUGAACCCUCUAGUUGUCCGGGACAUUUCAUCAGAACUCAAGGUGAUGGGUUGGGGGGGGGAGAAAUGGAGACAUUGACAAAUCCUCCUGGCUAGCUGUUAAACCCACAGGACAACAAACCCACAGGAUGUGCAGUUAAAAUAAAGUUCUGAAACCUGCCUGAUUAAGUAGGCUGCUGACGAUAAAACCUUGCCCCAAAAACAAUGUUAGUCUUUAAGGUGCUACAAGACUCCUGGUUGUUGCAUUUUUGUUAGUCCUAAUAAACAUGUUAAUCAUC